CCCAAUAAAUAAUAAUAAUCCGCGUUAAACAAAAGAAGGUGAAGUACUUGCCAAUUCUACAACCCUACCUUCCUUUCUUUACGUUAACAGACAACUCCCUUAAAACCUUACUCACUCGUUAAAAAAAAAAAAAACUACUCAGACUUGCUAACAAUGUUCCUCUCAACAUCCAUAGUCACACACACAUUGAAGUCUUUGGUUCUAUUCCUUUAGAUUAUAUAUUACUACGUAUCAAAGUAUGCUUCCUGCCUUCAGUUCGCUCCCUUACAAUACCAACCAAGUCCAAAUUGAUAGAACCAGUGCUUCAGUCGCCCAACAGCAGGUUAUGCCGAAUCCAAGUUGGCCCAAUCCCAUGCAAAUUCAGUCUCAAACGGGUACAAUCAAUCCUCAAACUGCAAUUCUUUUCAAUAAUUCUAAUACCCAUUUGAGCAAUGGCACUAUACCAAUGCCCAAUAGGUCGAAUUUGGCACCUUCAUCUUCUUUUAUCAAUGCCCCCAAUCAUCCUUUUCCUCUGCAAAAUGGUUUGUCCCUUUUGGGUUCUCCCGGUGGCGUUAUUUCUCACCCGGGUCACCCGGCUCAGUGCUCGGGUGGUUUCAGUCAUCAAAAGUUGAAUUGCAUCACUACAUCAGUACAGGGUAUGAAUUCUGUACAGAGUAUGAAUGGAAUUAAUCCCUCUCAACCACCUGGCCAAAUAUUUGGUAUUAAUCCUAUGAACAUGCCUCAAUAUUUUAACCAAAAUGCCAGUCUGCAAAGUGGUCAAAUUUACAUGCAGAAUCCAAUGCAAAAUGUUUACCAGUUUGUCCAACCGCAGAUGUCACACUAUGCUCAAGUUGUUCCUUGUAAUCCUCUGCCCCCAAACAAUGUUUCUCAUGCUAUGGGUCCUCAAAAUCCUAACUUUAUGGCUAAUCCCCAGUUCGGUAUGGUGCAUACGAAUGGAGCUAUGCAGGCCGGUGACCAAAAUCAGCAUAAUUUUGUUUUACCAACAAUGGAUGUUAAUGGAUUGAAACAUACACCUACUACUACUCAGCAAUUAAGAGGGAACUCAUCUUUGCCAAUUGCUUUUGGGUCUGCUCAAUCGCAACAAGUCCAGCAGAACUUCCGUCCUAAUGUUUUCAUGAAUUCACAGGGCAAUUUGGGCAAAGAUGGUGGUAUUAUUAAUUUAAAUUCGAACCGGAAUGAUUCUCAAAAGCAGAAUUGGAAAAGGAAUCCGGAAAGAGAUGUAACGCACAGCAGAAUUUCAAAGACCCAGUUUCAUCAUAGGCAAAAUGCAAAGGGGAAGUUCGGGUUUCAAAAAGAACAUGGGGCAAAAGGUUAUAACAAUGACAGAGCAAGAAAAUCUGGCGUUGCUAAUUCUUCCAACCAAACUCGGGUGGAACAGAGAAGAUCUCUCCCUUUGAACUACAACGAACAAGAAAUCCAACAGUGGCGUGAAGAACGCAGGAAGAAUUACCCAUCAAGCGUCAACAAGGAGAAGAAGCUGAUGGAAUCUGAAGUCAUUGAGAGAUGUGCGAAGUUACGACGCCAGCAACUGAAGGAAAUUUUAGCAAAACAGGUCGAGUUGGGUUGCGAAGUUGCAGAAAUACCGUCAUACUAUCUUUCAGAUUCAGAGAAACAAGUGAAUGGAAGGGAAGCAAAUCAAAGGGCAAUGACUAAGAAGGAGAGGUUCCAAAACAAGUUCAACAAAAGAGGAAGAUUCCGGCAAAAUGACCGGCUUGCCAAGAAGCAACUGUUAGCAGACCACGAUUCAUGUAAUGUGCAUGAUCAAAACAACCGGUUUCCCAAGAAGCAAAAGUCAGCGGAUAACAAUUCAUCUACACCAUCUACUCUGAGCACCAGGCAGCCAACUCUUUUGCAGAGGCUUCUAUGUGCAGAUAUCAGGAGAGAGAAAACCCGCUUGCUGCAGGUUUUGAGGUUUACGGUGAUGAAUUCUUUCUUCAAUAAAUGGCCUAAGGAGCCUCUGAGAUCCCCCUUGGUAGUAGUUAAACAGACUGGGUGUAACAGUGAUGUGGUUGACGAGAAAUGUCCGAAUAUGGGAAGUGGUGUUUCUGAAGGAAGUAACUACACAAAGAUUGAAGCACAUGAGGAUGUAAAUGAUGAUGAUGACAACAAUGGUGGUGGUGGUGGUGACGACAACAACGACAAUGCCACUAAUGAACAUGGUUCUUAUGUUAAAGAAGUGGCUCAUUUUACUAGUUUAGAAGGUAGUACUAGGAACGAAACUGAGGAAUGUGAGGAGGAAGAGGGAGAAAUCAUUUACUAGUUUCUGCAUGUGUAUAUAACAGACCAUUUCUGGAAACAGAAUUGGGCAACCUAGUAGUGUUUUUUUUGUUUUUUUCAAGUUGUUUUUGUAAUAUGCCUUCACAAAUGGAAAGAAAUUGUGAAAACAUUCCUGGAAACAGAAUUAUGCAAUUUAUGUUUGUUUAGGAGAAAUCAUGAUUUCUUGUA